AUGUUGCGGCACAUGUUGGCUAUCUCGGUAUUUAUCUUUCUUGCAAUAACCUGCACUGUCAGCGCUUGGGAUCUUCCUGCUUUCUCCCUCCGCAAGCGUCUACCCGGUUUCCUCGUCGAUUCACCACACCUCCGCCACGAACGUCCCCUCGCAGACAACAGCGAAGUCAGGCAGUGGCUCAGCAAACAACAACCCUUGAUGGGAGGUGCUCUUCCCAAGAUUGUCAUGCCUGGUCCAAACAACAACGAGGGCGCUAACGCCCGCGACCCGAUCAUCUCGGACGUCCUCCCCAAGACCCGCGGCAUCAACAUCUUUGCCUCGCUCACCCGCGAUUUCGAGUCCAUCGAAGCUCACCUCAACAAUACGUCGAAGAACGCCACUGUUCUUGCGCCUCGCAACUCUGCCAUUCAGGCCCUGCCUCGCAAGCCCUGGGAGAACCCCGAUGACUAUAACCAGUAUGGGGAAGCGCAGGCGUAUGAGGGGCAGGCAGGCCAGGACCGCGCCAGGAAGAACCUGGAGCGCUUUGUCGGAGCCCACAUCGUCACUACCAGUCCUUGGAAGGAGGGUGAAGAGGCGAAGACUCUUGCGGGUGAGAAGUUGAGCUGGAAGAAAGAUGGGGACAAAAUUUACAUCCAACCCGGCAAUGUCGAGGUUGAUGCUGUAGCGGAGCAAGUCGCUAACGGCGAGGUGUGGACGCUUAAUGGUGUCAUCAACUAUCGUUGAUUGGCUGUAUUUGACGAGUUAUGAUUUAUGAUAUUUGUCUGUCUUUCUUGUGGUUUGACUUUUGACAUUAUUGAUGACCUUACGCAAUAUUAUCACGUUUUUUACUAUAUCAUAAUCCAAG